AUUUGAAGAACAGGAAACAAACCUUUCAACAGCUCAAAAGCGUAACGAAACGUGAAAAUUGUGAACGCUGCCGAAACAUCAGAAUACUUAUACAUCGGCAGAUAACAGAGAUAGAAACAGCAUCGAAAAGUUGUUUUCAAGAGAAGUCAUUUUAAUAGUGCUGCUUAGAAACAAUUUGUUUGGCUAGCCUGGGUGCGAGGCAAGGGUUGUGUUUGAAUCUCCGACUCGGGGGAGGCGCCCUCGUUUUAGCUUGUGCAUGUUGAACAUUUUCUUUUUAACUUUUACACCUUUUGGGGAAUCUGCUUGAAGAUGGGGUGUACUCUGAGUACGGGUGAUAAGGCGGCGCAGGAGCGCAGUAAAAUAAUCGACAGGAAUUUACGGGACGACGGGGAAAAAGCAGCACGGGAGGUCAAGCUGCUCCUGCUCGGUGCUGGGGAGUCAGGGAAGAGUACCAUUGUCAAACAGAUGAAGAUCAUCCAUGAGGCGGGCUAUUCAGAGGAGGAGUGUAAGCAGUACAAGGCGGUGGUGUACAGCAACACCAUCCAGUCCAUCAUCGCCAUCAUCAGAGCCAUGGGGCGCCUCAAGAUAGACUUUGCUGAAGCAGCCAGAGCGGAUGAUGCUCGUCAGCUGUUUGUGCUGGCGGGAUCGGCAGAGGAGGGCUUCAUGACCGGUGAGCUGGCCGGGGUCAUCCAGCGCCUCUGGAAGGACGGGGGGGUCCAGUCCUGCUUCGGCCGCUCACGAGAGUACCAGCUCAAUGACUCGGCUGCCUAUUAUCUGAAUGACCUGGACAGGAUAGCCCACGGAGCGUACGUGCCCACCCAGCAAGACGUGCUGAGGACCAGGGUGAAGACCACCGGCAUCGUGGAGACUCAUUUCACCUUCAAAGACCUCCACUUCAAAAUGUUUGACGUGGGGGGUCAGAGGUCCGAGAGGAAGAAGUGGAUCCAUUGCUUUGAGGGAGUCACCGCCAUCAUCUUCUGUGUGGCGCUCAGUGACUACGACCUGGUGCUGGCCGAGGAUGAGGAGAUGAACCGGAUGCAUGAGAGCAUGAAGCUAUUUGACUCCAUCUGCAACAACAAGUGGUUCACAGACACCUCCAUCAUCCUCUUCCUCAACAAGAAGGAUCUGUUUGAGGAGAAGAUCCAAAAGAGUCCUCUCACUAUCUGUUACCCGGAGUACGCAGGCUCCAACACGUACGAGGAGGCGGCGGCCUACAUCCAGUGUCAGUUUGAAGACCUGAACAAGAGGAAGGACACCAAGGAGAUCUACACCCACUUCACCUGCGCCACCGACACCAAGAAUGUGCAGUUUGUCUUCGAUGCAGUCACUGACGUCAUCAUCAAGAACAACCUGAAGGACUGUGGCCUCUUCUAGGGCAGUGUGGUGGCCAGCGUGUGCUCAGUGACCUUUUCUUUGGGACGUCUGUGGCUGGAGGGGGUUGGAUCAUGGACACUUUGUAGAGAACCUCACUUUUAACCUCUUAACUUUAAACUCAAAGUUUUUAAAAUGCCAUGUAGAAAACCGUUUAAAAUAUUUGUACAACUCACUAUGGCUGGAGUUUUUCACUGUUUUUAAGAUUUUGUUUUAACCGGUCAAGUUAUUUAAAAAGGGAUGGAGGGGGGCCUUUGCAUUUGUUUCUUCUAGGAAAGGAAUGGACACAUUUUUGUGUUUAGGUACUUGUGCCUUUGCAUGCCUUAGUUCCAGUGUUUUUUGUUUUUUGGGCUAAAUGGUAGAUGUUAUAAUUUAAUCUCCCCCCGCCCCCCACACAAAAAAAUUCUCAAUAUUUGGUUUCUGUGACUGAUGGCUGAGAAUUAGUGUCCAUGGAAAUAAUGGAAUAGACCAAUUUUAAGACCAACUUGCUCUUGAUGAGCGCUGUGUGUCUGUGUGCAUGACUGUGAGUGCCUUUGCUGCAUCACUGUUUGCUUGUGUGAGUGCGUGCAGCUGUUUGACUUGGCGUAUAUGAAUGUGUGUGUGUGUGUGGCCAUACAGUACCAGUGAGAAGUUGGAAACCCUUGAAUGAAUAGGUGUUUUCUUUAUUUUUACUAUAUUCUACAUUGUA